AUGCAAGCAGUCCGCCUCCACCCGGCCGCUCCCCCCUCCCCAUCCUACUCCCCCUCCAAUCCCGCCCCCUCAACAGCCCUGCACCUCGACCAGAUCCCCAUUCCACAUCCCACAAAACCAGGCCAACUCCUCAUCCGCAUAAAAGCAACAACCAUCAUCCGCGACAUGCUCACAUGGCCUGAAACCUACACCCACCCCUACACCACCCUCGGCAACGACUUUGCCGGAACAGUCGUCGAGGUGUUUCCCGGCGGGGAGUCCGCGUUAAAGGUCGGCGAUGAGGUGUUUGGUAUGGUCCAUGCGGAUCGACCGUCGACUUGGGCUGAGUAUGCGAUUGUCUUGGAGAGCGAAGUUGCGGUGAAGCCGAGGACGUUGGAGUGGGAGGGGGCUGCGGCGUUGCCGCUUAGUGGGAUGACGGCGUUCGAAGCGUUGUUUGAGCAGGCUGGCCUUUCAUUACCCGAUUGGGGGCCUGUCUCUGGGGUUAGUGAUGUUAAGAGACAGGGAGAGGUGUUGAUUACUGGUGCUGCUGGAGCUGUGGGGAUCUAUCUGGUGCAGUUGGCUGCUAGUGCUGGAUUGCGGGUCGUUGCGGCGAGUAGCUCGAAUGCUCGCAAUGACGAGUUUUUGCGGGAACUCGGGGCUCAUGAGGCUGUUGAGUAUUCCGGGCUUGAGGGGGUGAAAGACCGGUUUGAUAUCAUUAUUGAUACUGUGGGUGGGGAGACGCUGGCUCGCUGCUGGGGAUAUGUUAAAGAAGAUGGGUCGCUUAUUUCCGUGGACUCGAGCAGCUUUAACUUUGUGAAGGAACAUCGCAAGCAAGGGAUUGCUAGAGAUGGGGUCAAGGCCUUGUUCUUUAUUAUUGAAGGGAGCAGUCGAGCUUUGCGUGUUCUGGCGGAGUUGGUGGAUCGGGGGUUGUUGAAGUCGUUUGUAGCCGAGACAUAUCCCAUUGAACGGGUGCAGGAGGCUUAUGACCAUGCGAAUGGCAGGUAUACUGGCAGGGGAAAGGUUAUUCUUACUUUGUGA